AUGACAAGGAAGAAGGUGAAACUUGCUUUCAUCGCCAACGAUUCCUCAAGGAAAGCCACUUUCAAGAAAAGAAAGAAGGGUUUAAUGAAGAAAGUGAACGAGCUCUCGACUCUAUGCGGUAUCACUGCAUGUGCCAUCAUCUACAGUCCGUACGAUACCAAUCCGGAGGUGUGGCCAUCAAACUCCGGAGUCCAAAGGGUGAUUGCUGAAUUCAGAACGUUGCCGGAGAUGGACCAACACAAGAAGAUGGUGGACCAAGAGACCUUUCUCCGACAAAGGAUCGCGAAAGCAACCGAACAUCUCAAGAGACAAAGGAAGGAGAAUAGGGAGCUUGAGAUGACUGAAGUCAUGUUCCAUUGUUUGAUCGGACGCAUGGGGAUGUUUAAUCUUAAUAUCAUGGAUCUUAAUGAUUUAGGUUAUUUAAUUGACCAAUAUCUUAAAGAUGUUAAUCGCAAGAUUGAGAUCUUGCAGAAUUCUGGUAUGGAGAUUGGCGAAUCUUCCAAUGCUGCUCCAGCUGAAGCUGAAGCUGCUGAAGGGGUUGGAACCAUAACGGUUGUCGCGGCUACAACCGCCCCAGCCGCUAUGGUUUCGGAGCAGCAACAGAUCCCCGGCGAUUCCUUCACCGCUCCAACCACCGUCUCAAGCAGUAUCAUCCCCAUUACCACCAACCGUAACCACUACUACCAACCGCAGCCACAACAGCAGAUCGCCGACGAUUCCUCCACCGCUCCAGCCUCCGCCAGCUCAAACAGUAUCUUCCCCGUCACCGAUCCAAAACUUACCAAUAACAUCUGGUUCCGUUAG